AAAUGGCACGUUCUUCAGGAUUAAAUUUCGCGGGGUUUGUGGUGACGUCAUAACGUCGCCUUUCGAAGCUCUUCCAAGGGAAAGAGGCGCCAUAUUGCUGAAGUGAGAGGGAGAACCACUCCUUUCUACAACUUUCCACCAUUCAAACAGACGCUAGUGAUCUGACAUGGCGUACAUCAUCAGAGAAGUGAUGGACAACGAAGACCCUCCUCUGCGCCCCAAGGAUGUGGAGUGGAAGUACCGCAUGCAGUCCACAUACGGACCUGGGUAUGCGAGAUGCACCAACUGUAACAACUCUUGGGGCACACAGCUGUGCUGGCUGACCGUGAACUUGAAGCAGCGCCGCGUGGUCAAGUGGUGGGAGCAGAAGUGCAAGAAGUGCCAGACGCCCAACCGCAUGCGCAUCCGGAAAGACGACCUCUAUAUGAUGAUCGAAAUGGCGAUUGACAAGUACUACGCAUUGAUAGACGGCACAUUCAGAAAGCGUCGGCUGCGCCCCACGGAGAGCGAUCCCCACGACAUGAAGCUGUGCGAGCGCUGCCGGUACGGGGAGGCGGAGCAGCCCUGCUGGAUGAACCUCUGGUACUGAUGAGGACGUCGCCAUGGAGACCGUUGUCACGGAAACCCGCAACAGCCUUGCGACACGAUGACAGACCAGGACCACGGACGCACCCAGCUCCUUUCACACGUGAAGCACAACACUUGUUACUUAGGACGUGGAAACAAGCUUUGGUUUGAUUUGGGAAAAUAAUAUAAUGAGUUGACUCAAAAGUCUCUAAUGAUAACUUUUGAUUUACUUCUCACUGUUAAAGCUUGUGCAAACCAAUGCAAAAUUGGUGCAAACGGCUACCUUUAAUGUAGUAUGCAGGGUUAAGAGGAAGAAAUUAAGACAUACAUGUGCCGAUGACAUGAUGUGUUUGAAUAUGUCAUAGGAGGUUCUGCAUGGGGGGGUCUUGACAAGGCUUUACGCUGAAACCCCUGACAUAUUACUUUAACAUAUUGAUAGUAAAAUCAAGCAAGGCAAGUUUACAAAACUUGGUCAUGCAUGGUCAUGUGAGUACAGACACCUUACAUGAAAAGCAUCAUGCAGCCCUUUGACCUGACAUAUAAGCCUGAUUAUAUUACAUCUGCUGUAAGUUACAAGUUGAAACCCAAAGCUUGAAGUCCAAGUCCAAAGUGACCAGUGAAGUGUACUAUACUAUUGGUGCUUUGUUGCAAUGAGUUUAACAUGUUAUCGUAUGCUUCUGUCCUAUGUUAGGAAAAAGUUUGUAAAGGGACAGCGAAAGAAUUCAUAUUUUUGACCUAAGAAUCCCAAUAUUCCAAUCUUUCAGGUAACAAAAUAAAAGGGAAAUGCUUUCAUUGCUUUAUACUUAAUGCUAGUUCACCUUUAUCCGCGGGGUAACCUAUAUCCAUUGUUUUUAAAAACUGGAUUUAAGGAUAUCAAGUCAACAGAUGGUGGUUUCAAGUGGCAAAUAUAUUUUCAAAAUUGCAAUAUUUUCAAAAUAUCACAUGGUAUAUCAACCUGAUAUUCCUAAAUACCGUUUUAAAAACAACGGAUAUUACUUAACCCUCGGCUAAAGAUGAACUUAGUGUUAUUUGUUAAGUCUAGAAAGAUUCAGAUUUCUAUAUCUCAGAAAUGCACUUAGUCUACAAGAAAGGACAAAUAAUUUACCUGGAUUAUAGAGACUUUGGAAUUGGAAGGGUCUAAAAUUUAUGGGUCUAAAAUUUAUGUUGUUGAUCCAUUUAAAUGGGACAAAGUGUACACGGUUCAGGCAAUGUUAACUUUUGUUCUUAUUUUUAUAUUUAUUUAAAAAAUUGCAUCUGUUUCUUUUAUUUGACUGCAGUUGUUUGGGUUAGAGUAUGACUCACCCCAGUUCUGUUUGUUGAUAUUUUGGCUCAAAAGUCAAAACAUUAAAUUUUUUUAAGUCAAGAGAGGAACUAUGUAGCGAGUUGAGUUUUAGUUUUUAGGGUACAAACUGAUGUGGUCUGUGCGACAGGCUAGUUUAGACCACAACUUUGUCUGUUGCAGUUCAAUCCCCUCUCAGUUUGAGUGAAAAUAUGGUGCUCUCAAAACCUGUGACAAAGAGUUUCAUUACCAGAAAGGUGACUUGGAAUUUAACUUCAACCCUGAAAGAAGGGGUAAAGAAAAAGAAAAAAGAAAACUUAUUUCAACACGAAAGGUUUAUUUUGUAGUUUCUAUAUUUUUGUACAAAACUUCUAUAGAUAAUUGAAUAUCUAUAGAUGGACAGACUGCUUCUAAGGUCUCAC